AUGAAACGUUUGAUCCAGCUCAGAUUUAAAGUUAUGUCGUAUUUCUUGGCGGUCAUACACAAACCGCAAAUGCUAGCCAAUCCAAUGAAGGAGGAUAAUGACCUGCUGGCUACCUUAGCCCAAGUGCUGCAAACUGACCAUCAGGAAAUGAAGUUCAACCAGUGCCAGUUACCGCAACCGCCGUUGGUUUACCCUCAACACCAGGUGCCGACUUCUUCAUCAAAUUCGAGCUAUAGCUCUCAUAACGGUCAACAGGUCCCCAAUCAGCGGUUCCCCGUCAGAGAGGCAUCCACAUCUCAGCCUAAUAUGAGCACAGUCGCUGAAGUGAAUACCAAACCGAGUGGCGGAUUUGAGAAGAAAAUUGAUGAAGAGCAGCCAGUGGCGUUCACACCUCAACAAGAAGCAGAACAACAGAACCGCUAUCAAGAUCAGCGCGAAAGGAGACAUGGCCAAGAUGAUUACGGCUACCAGAAGGGUCGUAGAGAUAACUUU